AUUUCCUCCGAAUGACCACCGAGUGUCUUCCUCCUCUCGAGCUUGUCUCCUCUGCGGAUGUAAAACUCUCUCUCCGUCUUUUCCCGUCACAUCGGUCCUGCUUUAGGAAGCUCAGCAUUAAACUGCGACGAGAGUCCUCGAGGAAAUGUGUCCCCAAAUGCAUUGAUGAUAAAGAUUUGUGAAGAGUGAGCCAGCUGUCAUGGAUAAUAAGGAAAAAUUAAGCAUCAGUGAUCUACAUUUGUAAAGAAGAAACCAGUGCUGUUAUGGCAGAGCAAAGUGAAAUGAAGGGUGCUGAAGAGGAUCUGCCACCUCACAUCAAGGACUGGAGUAAACAUCACGUGAGAGAAUGGGCUCGCAAGUUGAAUGGUGUGGGUGAAACAGUUGCUGGCAAAUUGUUUCAGCAAGACAUUUGUGGGCCCAGUCUUUUGCUUUUAAAUAGAACAGACUUGAGUGAAAUCAAUGUAACUUUUGGACCAGCAAAACUUCUCAUUCAUGCCAGAGAUGAGUUAGUGAAAAUAAUGAAAGAAGAGCCAACAAGCUCCGCAAACCAGCCUGGAAAACCCUGCAAGCCUUAUCCAUUUUGUAGAUACCAUGAUACAUUUAGAUACUUGGAGAGCAGCAUUCUUGACAUUACAGAAUCAGGUGCUUCAGACUUGAUUGAACCUUGCCAUGAGUAUAAAGGUUUUUACAAUACACCUGAUGACGAUAAAAUGAGCAAAUUCACUGCUGAGGUUAUUCGCUUUGCAGCUGCCUGCAUGAAUAGCCGCACCAACGGCACUAUUCACUUUGGAAUAGGUGACACGCCAGACUUCAGCCAUGGUCAAGUGUUGGGAGUGGUUGUUCAGGACAAAGAGGCUUAUGCAAAAGAACUAAAAAAGGCCAUUGAUGGUCAUUUUGAGCACAAACACAAAGAGGCUGCUCAAAAGUGCAUCAAGCCUCCUCGAUUUGUUGAGGUUCUCAAUAAGAACAUGACAUCAUCUGACAAAUUUGUUAUAGAAGUGGACAUAGUUCCUGAGUCCACGAUCUGUGAAGAAAACCUCUACCACACUUACACUGUAGACACAAGAAAAGCAAGGAAAAAAUCCAAAGUUAAAGAAAUGGAGUCGCAGCCUUCGAAGUGUUUUCUGGUGCGAGAUGGUGGCAGCAGCAGUGAUCUUCUCAAACCAACCACAUCUGCCAAACCUAAGACAGAGUACAACCAGUUUGUUGACAGUGUGGCUCAGCGAUCACAACUCCGAAAAAAAGCAGAAGAGAAGCACCUCAGUGUGAUAAAAAGCAGUACUCAGGGUUCAAGAUUAAGUCAGAUGAUAACUGGUGGCUCCUCAUCUUUAGAUAAGUCACACUUUGAGCAGUAUGUGAUAGUAACUAACAAAUCACAUUCAAGCCAGUUUGAAUCAAUGGGAUUUCUUGUAGAACUCAACCCUACAGCUGUCUUGGACUUUGAUCCUGAAUCAACUAAACAUGGAUUACAGUGUCACUUUAGCCAGCAGAGCACAGUCAGUGUCCACUUACCAGCACGGUAUAAAAUCACGGAAGGAGUUGAAGACAUUGCAAACAAGUUGAAAUUAACUCGAAACACCAGCUGGGUAUGCUGCAAUGGAGGGAUUGAGCACGAGGUGCCCUCAGACAUUGACCAGUGGUUGAUGGACAAAGGCGCUUCCAUCCGAGAUGUAAUCUCUUUCUUGUGUCGGAAAGAUGUGCUUCCAAACAAGAGAUUCCUAGUCGUUUUCAUACUUUUGUCAACAGUGAGCCAGAAAAUGGAUCCCCUUGUUGAGACUUUCAGUACAUUCUUGCAGGAGCUCAGAGGCACAGAUCAAAUCCUUUGUAUAUGUGACAAUGAAAAUGCCUUUACCUCGUGGAGGGACCUAAUUGAGUCUCGGUGUGGAAUCAACAUCUCAGGUAGAUGCAUAUAUGAGCUCAGUUUUGCAGAGGUCAAUGGCACUAUUCUUAGUCUUUGGUCGAAGAACCGCAGAUUGAGCCGUUUCCUACCCUGUGGUGGGGGAAGCAAAGUUCUUCUAGAGAAGAAAGAUGAGCGAAGCCUGGAUACCUUAGAGAUCCUGUGUGUUAACCAAUGUGAAGGAGGAAAUGAGGACAAAAUUGUCAUAGAGGAGAACUUCUACAAAGGAGGAAAAGUGUCAUGGUGGAAUUUCUAUUUCUCAGAGCAGCCUGGAUCCACACCGUUUAUCAAACGAGACAAAUUUGACUACAUGAUGGAAACAGUCUUACCAGACUUGUGCUCCCUGAGAAAAGCCUGUGUGUUGCUCAAUCUCAUGCAUGUACCUGGAUGUGGUGGGACAACUUUGGCUAUGCAUACUUUAUGGGCUCACCGGGACAGAUUCCGUUGUGCUGUCCUCAGGAACAGCAAUGCUGACUUUUCAGAAGCAGCUGAUCAAGUGGUCAAACUUUUAAUGUAUGACCAUCAGGAGCAAGUACCAAGGGUCCCUGUGUUGCUGAUGAUUGAUGACUUUGAUGAAAUGGAAAAAGUAUUUGACUUGCAGCAGCUCAUUGAAAAAGAAUGCGCGCAGAAAAAAGUUAAGUCUAAGUCGGCACAGGUAAUUCUCCUGAACUGCAUGAGAUCGGAGUCCUCAGAACUGCCUGAACCAACUACAGAUACAGUGUUCAUUGGAAACAAUCUUUCAGAGAAGGAACAGAGAAUGUUUGAGGAAAAACUUGUAGAAAUUGAGAAAACACACAAGAAUGCUGACACGUUCUAUGGUUUCAUGAUCAUGAAGAAGAAUUUUAAGUCAGAGUAUAUUCAAGGUGUGGUUCACAACACUCUGAAGAGCUUCAACAUGAACCAGAAACCUGCACAGCUCCUGGCUGUGUUAGUACUGCUGCAUGUUUACUGCAAGGGUGCCUCUCUCUCUGUUUCUCUGUGUGAGGAAUUUCUUGGCCUUCAACCAAAACCAUUUUGUGGAACGAUUAAAGUUGAAGAUGGAUUUGGGAAAUUUUCCGCUUUCAUUGCCGUCUGCUCAGUGGAGGGUAAGGUAGUAUUCAAAGCUGUGAAAAUCAUCCAUUCAAGUAUUGCAAGCAACUGCUUGAAGGAGCUUACAAAAACACACAACGUGACGAAAGCUAAUAUUGCUGACUUUCUGCUGACCACAGACAAGCUUUAUGAGUGCACACAAGGAAAAGACAAUCUCCUGCAAGAUGUUCACCACAUUUUGGUAAAGAGACAUUAUUCAGCAGAAGAGGAGUGUAAGUUCUCUCCACUUAUUCAAGGCAUUGCAAGUGAAACGCCUGGACUGGAAGAGAUGGUGCUAAAAAAUGCAUCAAUAAGAUUUGAGAGAGAUGCAAUUGUCUCUCAGUUACUGGCCAGGUACUAUUACCUCACAAAGAAGGAUUUCUCAGAGGCAAAAUUUUGGGCAGACAAAGCAAAAGAUCUUUCCAAAGACAGCUCCUAUAUUGCAGACACAUUAGCACAAGUUAUUAAGCAUGAGCUGAGGAAUGCCAUUGCAAACUACAAGGAAGAGCCUAUCAGUCCUGAAAGUCUGAGCACAUCUCUCAAGCUGGCACAGUUAGCAAUAGAAGCAUUCAAGGAAGCACAGAGCCUUGCAAAAAAGGAGUCAGUUCAACGAUUGCAAGUCAAAACAGACAACUGCCCUUUCAAUACAGCAGGGUGUCUGGGAGAAAUUCAGGUCGGAGUACUUGUCAUUGACAUGCUGGCGAAGACUCCCAUAUUUGCCUUUGACAAUGUCCGCCAUGACAUAAUGAGCCAGGUUCUCUCUGGAGAUGUUAAGCUUCAGAACGUAGCAGCAAAAGAUCCACGGAACAACAAAAACAGACCCUACUAUGCCAUUCUAAGACAGUUUGAGGAUGUACUUUACAACCUCAAAGACAGGAUGAAGGUGAACUUUGACUUCCUUGAAAACUUUUAUGUGAAUCUGGGCUCCAGAUUUGGAAUGAAAGACAUCCGUGAACAAGUAGCCCAAAAGGAGCUUCUCAGAUGUUUCAUUGUGUAUGCAAAGCUUUUCUGCAAGACGGAUUCUGCAUCUCAGUUGAGAAACAAAAUGAUGCAUGACGCGCUGAAACUACACCAGUCAAAACAGUUCCUGGAGAAGGAAAAAGCAGAUACCUAUUCUGGGAUUCUGAAUUGUCUUUCAAAUGACAUCCCAACCGAAAUGAUGGAGAAGAUUGCCAGACAGUAUCUUUUUGUUUGUGCACCUGACCAUAGCCCAACCACAAAAGAGAGAAUCAACUUCAUCUAUGCCAAUGUUGUGUUAAGUUGUAUCAAACUGGAAUCACAACAACUUCGGCCAUACCAGGAUGUAGUGAAGUUCCUCUGCCAAGUUCUGCGUGAGCAAAUUCCAUUAAAUGACAGUUUGUCACUGUUCUUCAUUGCAGUUGUGUUGUUGUGGCCACAGCUGUCCGGUCCAGAUUGUAGAAAUCUAGGAAGGUACAUCUCACAGAUGAAGACCGCUUAUCACGCAGUGAUGAAGGAAGUGUACAAUGGCAAGAGUCCCAUUGUCCAUUUCCUCUUGGGGAAAAAGCAGGGCUACGAACGGCUGGUACCCAUUAGGGAAAUGAAAAAGUGCAUCAUGGUUGGUCAAGAACAGUUUGCUGCCAUGUGGGGAAAUGGCCAAAUAUGGAAAGAGAGGAAGGUGGAAGACCUCCUUUGCAGGGUCACAGGUGAGGUCAAGCGGGACUUCAUACUGGCAGAUACAUGUUCCCCAGAACUGAAGGUCGAAGUUGCUCCAAUGUAUCGAAGUCAGAUCAGUGGGUUCGCAGAGGGGUCAAAAGUGUCAUUCUUCAUUGGUUUCUCAAUGAGAGGCCCUCUAGCUCUUGACAUUGAGCUUAAACUUUAAAGAACAUACUAUAUUUUAAGCUAAAUAUGACUCCACCAGGUUUAUUCAAACUUGAAUUACUUGUAGCUUAUUGAGAUGUUGUAUUACAUGUUUUGUGGUUAUCCUUGUCACUGCACUUAACAUUGUUGACACAGUUUUUUUCCUGAGAAAGGAGGAAAAUAGGUCAGUAAAACUUAAAUCAGGCCUCUUAAGCAUGCUUUCUUUUGCACUCACUGUAGCUGUAGCUCACGGUUUUACUGUAAAUAGGAUAUUUUUUAUAAAAUGAAAACUGCAAAGUUAACAUAAUGAAAGUGUCAUUGAAUGACUGAUUAAAUAAUAGAAUUUUGCAGUUAUCUGCUGGAUUAUCAGAAUAAAUGUGAUCUAUGACCAAUUUCAUAAUUCAGCUCUAUGUAUUAAAAUAAUCUGCCUUGUAAAUUUUACAAUACAAUUACAUUUGAAUAAAACGGUGUGCUUGCAUUGGUUCACAAUAUUUAGUAAUGUAUGUAAUCCUGUGUGUUCCAUUGAUGAUACAACUAAUUUGUGUUAAGUAAGCUUUGAGUAGAAAUUAAAAAUAAUCUUGUAAAAGCUUUUUUUUUUUUUUUUAAAUCAAUAUAACAUAUAUUUUAUACAACAAUAAUAAUCAUUCACACACAGUGUCUAACUUCUAAAUCACACUCUCUGACUUGUAUGGAAAGGUUGAUAUUUGUGUUAGAUUUUUGUUUUUUAGUACCUUAUGAAUGUAUCUUAAGUUUGAAAUGUCCUAUUUUUUUUUUUUUAUCUUUUAGCAUUACAUUUUAUGUUACUUUUGUGAUUUUGCUCAAACAGUCUGUUUUGUACUUUUGCAUUCCACCAAAAGCAGCAAUAAAAACUGAGUUCUGUAAUACUUUCAUUUUCUAAUAAAGAUGUACUGUCAUGUUA